AAUUAGACGAGCCAGGGCAAAUUAAUUGCAUAAAACAAAUCGAAAGACUAGAAAUUAAGGAAUUAAUAACAGGAAUUAAUGAGACUAAUGAAAAUAAACAAAACCUAUAUACAAAAGUAUUGCGAAAAAUCGCAGGAGUAAGAGCAGCAAAAGUUAAUUUGCUAAAAAAAAUAGAAGAAGAGAUAAAAAAAGGAAAUAAUUUGCUUAAUUCAGAUGAUAAGGAAGCAAUUAAGAAUUUUUUAACCGGACUGGAUAAGUUUUUGGAAUUAGAAAAAAGAGAAAGUUCUCGAUAUUUUUUUUUAAUUGCUGCAAGAGAGACCUCUUCGGAAAGUCCAAGGACCUCAUAA